CCGACGUCGUAUAGUUACCGGAGUGUCUGCGCGAGCGCUUGUGGUGGCGUCGUCUGCUCGCGUCGUCGUCUGCUUCGUAGGAAGAGGCGAGUGUGUUGCUUGUGUUUCGAGCCCCUUUCCAAAGAGUGUGUCGUCGAGUGCAUGUGCCAGCGCCGAAAAGCGUCGGUGACGUGCGCGAAUCUUCGAACGUCGCGCUGCAGAGUGUGCGCGCAUGGUUUUGCUGGGCGCCACGACCGACGCCGCCGCCGCCGCCACGGCUGUCCCGGGGAGCGUGCUUCUCGACGACCGAUGCGCGGCCGGCAUGAUCGGCGCGCGGGGCGACAAGUGCGUGCGCAUCAAGGCGCACCCGUCGCAUUCCAUCAUCGAAAGUGUGCACCAGUGGCAACGCGACGGACUCUUCCCGACGCCGGCGACGCGAUCGGAGGAUGGGAACGGAGAGAUGCCGCAGCGGGCCGUCGCUCCGCAGACCCAGAAGACCGCCGCCCCCAGGGGUGUCGCCAGGAGCGCGUCGGCCGCGCACGUUUCGGCCAGGGCACAGGCGUCUAACCGAAGCCGACAUCAACAAAUGACGCCGAAACGAGCGCAAGACUUGUUCUUCCCGGCUAUGAUCCCUGAGCCGGACUACAGCGACUCCGAGGACGAACGCGAGCAGCAGCAUCGACGGCGACCUGUGAGGAUGCCCGGCAUGGCGGCCGCCCACCCGCACCACAACGAGGCGCAGUUGGCGCACGUCAACGACGAGGGCCUCAUCGUGCCCCGAAAGCUGCCGAACCCGUGCGCCGAGUCGGCCGAGCGGAAGAGCCUGCACCGAGAGCUGCUCUUCAACCAGAAGAUGGGCAAGAGUGUGCUUGGCCAGAAGAGCGAGCUGCAGAAGGCCAUGGAGAAGAUGAAGGAGGAACAGCGCCGGAAAGAGUUGGAAGAGGAGAGGGUCAAAGGACGCACGGCGCUCGAGAAGCGCCUCGAGGAGCAGGCCAACAAGCUCAAGCUGCAUGAAGAGACUGAGGUGAUCAAGACCGACCUGCCCAGCUCUGAAGAGUCAGAGUUCCUGCGGGUGCACGCCCGUGUCUGUUCCCACACAUUGCCUGUUGACUCCAAGUCGUAGUUGCAUUGGCCUGUCUGUCCCCCAGCAACCGCUGCUGCCGAUGUCAUAUCUUGUCGAAAGACCACCCAUGUACAUAGUCCCCAAUAUGUUUUUUUUUUUCGGCCUUCCUUUAUCGCUGGUCUUUAUUAACAGACACAUGAGAGCAGGUGGCCCAAGUGGGCCUCUGCAAGUCUAUUUUUGUGCUUGACGAGCCUUUGUCAUAGGAUGAGCUUCAAGAGACGACGCAUAGCUACACCGCAGGCCGCAGUGUGGUGGUCCUAAGCUUGCAGUCAUAUUGUAGGUGUUACGCCUUUUUGAACCUGAAGAGAAGAAAAAAAAAUACUGUUGACUAGUGUGUUUCACGAGUACCAUUAAAGAGAAGCAAGGUGGUUUCUCUCUAGCAA